AUUGCUUUGAGGCUAGCUUGUUCGUGUCGUCAUGGACUCAUGGUAGCUCGCCGCCGUACCUCGUUGAUGCCCGCGCGAGCUACCCAACUCGCCGCCCUAGCUUGACCACGCCUGAGCGAGAGACUGCAAGUCACCGCCGGUGCUCGCCCAUGGCUGCGCGCGCCGCGGCAACUCGCCCUCGUCACUGCAGCUCUCCGCCGGCGCUCAUCCAUGUCUGCACACGCCGGCGCAGUUCGCCCUCACGUCGCGGAUGCUUACGCAUGCCAGUGCAGUUCGCCGUGGGUGCUCGCGCCCCUUGCGGAUGCUUGCGUGUGCCAACACAGCUCGCUGCGGGUGCUCGCCCAUGCCUGCGCGCGGCAGCACAGCUCGCCCUCCCCUGCGUGUGUUGGCGCAGCUCGCCCCGCGACAUGCCUGAGAAGUGGGUGGCGCUGAACAUCAGCAUCAGUGGCAUGAUGGCAGCAGCCGUUGGAGGAGAUGGAUGCGUGUCAAGUUCUGAAGAUGUUGAAUGCAAGCAACCUGUAGUAGAUGAGGGAUGAUGACCGUGCUUCCCACAGAUUCCAUACGUCACAUCAGGAGCUUUGUUGAACUGGAAUCAAACGAACAAACCAAGGGAAAGGUAACACAUAAUACCGUCCAGAAAGAUUGGGUUCCAUGUCGCCACUGCGGUACUGGGUGACGGGCAACACGCGAUGCCGAGGAGAUCGGCGGCACGUGACGCCGAGGAAAUUGGCGGCACACGGCGUUGAGGCAAUCAGCGGCGUUGCGACGUCCAGGAGAUGGGGGCGGCGUCCAACCAUUGACCCAAGAAGUCUUGGCGACCAGGGAUGCGGCAAGCACGGUAUUCACGGCGGGCAGCACGCACUCGUCCGCUUCAAGUGCUGAUCUGAUGCCAAAGUACGUGAAGAUAGCAUCAGGGGUACUUUGGUCCUUUCAGGUGCCAAAAAAUUGAAAAGAAAAAGAAAAGUAAUUGAAAAGGGAAAAUGGCAUGGUAAUCAAAGAGUACAGGAACUAGGUGGCAUUUUUACGAAGCCAAUGCUGAGAGUGGCAGUUUUGCGAAGCCUGAUAUUGAAAGUGGCAAACUUCCGAUUUUCUCGGCGACAAGAUAGAGAGAGAGGGUGACUCAAGGGAGAGAGAUUGGCGCGGAAGAUGUGUAUGACACGUAGGCCCGCAUUGCUAGUGAGAGAAGCGAUUACCCAGUCGGGAUUGCCCUUUUCCCGGUGUGUUGUGGAAUUGUUACGGCAGAUGUCCUCGAGCUAGGACUUAGUCGUGGAGCCAUCGCAACUAGGAAACUUGAAGGGGUUAAUGCGGGACAAGGAACACGAGGGUUUAUACUGGUUCGGCCCCUUACGGUGAAGGUAAAAGCCUACGUCCAGUUUGAG